CAUAAUAGAAUAUUUUUAUGGAAUCUAUUAACUUAGAAGAAUACGUAAAGAGUCUUCCUAGGCAUGAACUCCUUUAUAUGGACAAGAUUUAUUAUGAGAAGAGGAGGAAGGACCAGAUCUACCCGUUUAGAAUGUACCAUGGACAUAAGGAUGAGAAGUCAGAGUUGACUUUUCACCCGAAGGUGAAUAAGAAGUCAAAGAGAUUGUAUAAGAAGAGAUUUUUAAGGACUGCAGAGAAGAUGGAGAAGGUAGUUGGUGGUAGUGAGGUGAAGAGUAAGAAGAGAAGGAGUAGAGCAGAUAGAAAAGGUGUACAGCAUUGUGUGAUUGAGAUGAGAAGGUCUGAAGUGUUUGAUGAAGAGAAACUUCUUCAAAGCGGGUCUGACAAUAAAUCCUUCACAGAUUACGUAGAUACUAUCCUCAAAUAAAAUUGUCACCACUU